AUGGAGAUUGCCAUGGGGGCCAUUGGCCCUCUCCUCCCGAAGCUCGGUGAGCUGCUCAUCGGCGAGCUCACCAUGGAGAAACGAGUGAGGAAAAGCAUCGAGUCUAUCAUGACAGAGCUCACAUUGAUGCAUGAUGCCCUCUGCAAGGUGGCGGAAGUGCCGGCGGACCAGCUUGACAAGGGGGUGAAGAUCUGGGCAGGAAAGGUCAAGGAGUUGUCCUAUCAAAUGGAGGACAUUGUUGAUGCUUUCAUGGUGCGUGUGGAGGAUGGUGGUGAGCCUACCAACCCGAAGAACAGAGUCAAGAAGAUACUCAAGAAGGUCAAAAGAUUAUUCAAGAAUGGCAAGGAUCUCCAUCGGAUCUCUGAUGCUCUGGAAGAAGUGGUUCUCCAAGCUAAGCAAUUAGCCGAGCUACGCCAAAGGUAUGAGCAAGGGAUGCGAUAUCCAACCACUAGUACUAGUGUUGACCCUCGCAUGAUGGCCCUAUACACAGAUGUGUCAGAACUCGCAGGCAUUGAAGAAACACGAGACGAGUUGAUCAACAUGUUGACUGAAGGUGAUGAAUGGUUGAAUCAUCCAUUGAAGACGGUCUCUAUUGUUGGAUUUGGUGGGUUGGGCAAGACAACUCUUGCCAAAUCAGCAUAUGACAAGAUCAAAGGGCAAUUCGAUUGUGAUGCUUUUAUUUCGGUUUCUCAGAAUCCCGACAAGAAGAAAGUCUUCAAGAAUAUUCUCUAUGAACUUGACAAGAACAAGUAUGCACGCAUUCGUGGUGAAGAAUGGGAAGAAAAUCAUUUGAUUGAUGAAAUCAUCGAAUUCCUUAAUGGAAAGAGGUACAUGUUUUUUUUCGUUUACAAAGCAGAUUAUCCUUUUGUCUAG